GAUGUAAUAGAUGGUGUGGCCCCAAAAUGCUUCUGCGAAAAAUAUGCCAUCAGUUACAUGUCGAAGACAGACACCAACCCAAAUAGGUUAUUUUUUGGAUGCCCAUUAUUAAAGGUGACAGAAGCACAUUGCAAGUUCUUUCUCUGGGUUGAUGACCACAUUGUUAGGGUCAGAGCGGGGGAGGCUACAAGGGGAUCGGGUGACGGGAAGCAGAGUGAUGUUGGAAAAUACUUGGGAAUGGAUAACUUGAUAGACCAUGUAGAGGAAAGAAUAGCAAAACUGGAGAAGCUGCUGAACAAGAAAAGUAGAGAAGCAGAGUUGAGGAAAAAGGGUAGAGAAGCAGCUGCAAGAGACAUGGAUGCUUCAUCAAGAACGUCUACUGAUUAG